AUUUAUAGGUAGGUAUUUUUUUGUACAGGAUAAGUUUUACACAUUUCACACCUAUCGAAGCCACCUAUGUAAUAAUAUACGAUUGUGAACGAGUGAUCGUAUUUUACAUUAGAAACAUUAAACGAAUAAAAUUAUAAUAAUUCAGAGUAAUAAUAUUUCCAAAGACCGUUUGCGAUCAUCCGGAUAACGUUUUUUCUGAAUUAGUUGUACAAUGUACCCGCCUUUAGGGCAUCGCAAGUAAUACAUUAGUAUUUUAAAGUUACGCUCAUUGAAAUUCUACGUGAAAUCAGACACCGUACCUACAUAUACAGUUUUGAUUUAAAUAAAUCUGUCGAACAUAAUAUUUUAGCCGAGUACUUAUCAAUACUCCUGUCAAAGCAGGAACUUUUAGUUUUUCUAAUUCCAAUAUCAAAUUAAGAUAAUCAUUCAUCCAUAAAAUACCUGAAAAUGGAAUUAUACUGAUAAUUGAAGAUAUUUUACAAGAUAUUUGGAAGAAAAAAAAAGACUUCAGGCACGGUCAUGAAAUCAACUAUAAAUAUUAUGAAGAUGAUCAAAUGUUAUCUUCAGUUCUGGAAGCGAAUAUUUAUGUUCUCAUUUCUCGUAUUAGUCGUUUUAUUUUAUGUGACUUUUUAUUUCAAUUGCAAAAAAACCUUCACCGAUGAUCUAGAACAAACGUUUGCCAUAUCACUUGAACAUCUCGACGAGGAGCAGAGAAUCAACAUCGAACUGACUGAAAUAAGAAACGAUCUAAUUCAAAAAUUGAGAUUCGAUGAAAAAAAUAUGAAGAACACAAGUAAAAUGUUAUACGUCCCGUCUGAAGAGUACGAAUUGUUGCGUCGCCGUAUUUAUUCAAACACGAAAGAAGUUUGGUAUUACGUCAGUUCUACAUUACGAUCGUUGGCAAACGAAUUCGAUGAUUUGAAACCAAAAGUUUCUGAUAUGAAAACCAUGGUCGACGAACAGUAUAGAUCGUUAUUGAGAGAUGUAGCCAAGCUGGUCGAUGUCGACGGUUAUUCACAGUGGAGGUGGAAAGAGUUUGGCUCUUUGAGUAGACUGGUCCAAAAGAGACUUCAACAUACGCAGAAUCCACCUGACUGUUCCAAAGCUAAAAAGCUCUUGUGCAAUUUUAUCUACGUAAGUUAGUUCAAUCCAACUAUUCUGUUUAAGUGUAA